AUGAAGCACGUAUCGCUCAUCCUCCCAUCCUGGAAGCGCAAGGAGAGGUCCCCUGACUCAAGGGAGGCUUCCCCACAUCAUUCACCGAUCGACUCUACGCGCGGCAGGUCCUUUCUCACCACGGGAUCAUGGCAAGAUCUGGAGCAGGCGACGCGACACAAGUCCACACUGGGCGCCCUGGGCGUCAAGCGCACGCGGUCCAAGGGCUCAUCGUCUACUGCAUCUUACUUGGACAUGGAUGAAGGUCGGCGAUCUCUGCACUCCAGCACGAAUGGCUUCCGCUCUUUGCGUACGUCCAAGUCAGUUGCAGCUAUGCCACCCUCCCGCCCAGCACCUCCCCCUCCGCUGUACCCUAUCAGUGCACCCAGCACCCCCGCUCGCCCGUCCCUUCGCGCAUCGUACAGUGCACCUCCGUUACCCGCGCAGAAGUGCGAUCUCAAGCCGAUCGAGGUUGCAACGUCGACUAUCUCGUCCUCCGAGUCGGGGCGAGUGAAUUCGUCAUUCUGCCCAACCGAGCUUGACUGCAUCUGGGACGGCUUCCUCCGCGAGAUGGAGGAGGAAGAGGCCACCAUCGAUCCCGCGUGCCCGUCGCGAUCCAGGGCCAGCGACGCACAAUCCCCACCGCCGGCGUUCUGUAGAAGCCAGAGGGAAACGCCUCCGCCGCGGCACUGUCAGGUGUUUACGGGCAGUGAGCAUUAUCUUACGGCUCCGGAACGUCAGGCGCCUCGCGCGCUCGUGCCUUCGACCGCGAGGCCGGAGGAUAUUGCGCCUGUGAAAUCGGACAUACCAGAGAUGCGCGGGCCACUCGAAGGAGAAGGAAGCGAGUCCGACGACGAUGGCGACUCUAUCAUAGAUCCCUUGCUAUGUUUUCCUAGCCCGCCGCCUCUUAGGAUACGCAAGCGGAUUCCGACCCCAAUUAUCGUGCCGUCCUACAGCGCCGCGCCAAGUCUCUCGUCCUCUUCCCCAUCUUCGUCACCCACCUCCGACGACACGCCCAUCGGUACGCCGACCACGCCGCGCGCACCGCACCCAUACGCCAUCGCACAGAUGUAUUCCGCCAACGUCUCGAAGUCUCAGACCGAGCAUGGCUCUGGCGACGAGGUGCACGACAUCUUCUCGAUGUAUUCGCCCAGCGCGUACGCGCAGUUCUCCACGGAGAUGGAUGAGCGGGGUACCGACCCGCCGGACGUGCCAGACCUACGGUCCUGCUUGAUACCGCCGAGGAGCCCUGUACGGGAAUCGCGCCAGCGCGUGGAAGUCCGCGCCCGUGUAGGCGCCGCAAUGCGCGCCCUUGACACGCACAGAUCCUACCUGGUGAGCAGGGGCGCCAUUGUUGCCUUACCUUACGCGAGUCUGAUCAACGGCUCGCAGUCUUCUAUGGGCCGCCGAGCUCCUUCUAGCGGCCAGUCCAGCGCAGAGGAUGGCGGCGCGGCCACUGCCGUGAGCUGGGGGAUUGCUGUAUGAUGCAUCGUCAUGAAUUUCGACUGUAAUUACUUCCUGUCCAAAGGAUGGGCGGGCCCAUUCGACUACUACACCAAGCCUCUCAUUCAUCACGAAGCAGACUAGCAUACAAAACGCAAGUAAGCUGUAGUAAUCAUAUUUUUGGUGUAGCGUACAACAAAAUACUGGCGCAAGCGUGUUACACUACUGUAACAAAGUGUAGGCUCUCCCUGCGACCAGCUAUAAUUUUGUAAAGAGCCGGUAUAAUGCUCAUUGUAUCUUCUUAGUCUCUGUUGUUGGCGCUGGGCGAAUGGGAGUCGGCGCAGACGUGUCUUCAAGCAGGGAUGUGAUG